AUGGAGCUUUCUCCUACCAUCUUAGCUGUUCUAGCUUUCUUAUUCUCUGCGUUUGUAUUCUGGCGCACAAGGUCUUCUAAAUCCAAGCGGCUCAUUCUUCCUCCUGGUCCGCCUGGUUGGCCGGUCGUCGGCAAUCUUUUUCAGGUCGCCGGUUCCGGGAAGCCUUUCUUCCAGUAUGUCAGAGAACUCGUACCCAAGUACGGCCCCAUUUUUACUCUUAAAAUGGGUGCUCGAACAAUGAUUAUUUUGUCUCGUGCAGAUUUGGUUCAUGAGGCGUUGAUCGACAAGGGUGUCAUAUUCGCCACCCGACCCGCUGAAAACCCGACCAGGACUAUUUUCAGCAGUAACAAGUUCACCGUCAACGCUUCGUAUUACGGCCCAGUGUGGCGCUCGCUGCGGCGGAACAUUGUUCAGAACGGGCUUAGUGCUGCUAAAUUACGCACGUUCAGGCACGUGAGGGAGACAGCCAUGGAUAAGCUUGUUGAGCGGUUGAAGGCGGAGGCGGAGGCGAACGGUGGAGCAGUGUGGGUGCUGAAAAAUACACGGUUUGCGAUGUUUUGCAUUCUUCUGUCGAUGUGUUUUGGUGUGGAGAUGGACGAGAAGACGAUCCAGAAAAUGGACGACAUGAUGAAAACGGUUUUGAUUACUUUGGAUCCGCGAAUCGACGAUUAUCUGCCGUUACUCCGACCGUUUUUCUCGAAGCAACGUAAGAGGGCAACGGAAGUCCGUAAGCAGCAGAUUGCGACAUUGGUGCCGUUCAUCGAACAGCGGCGAGCGGCGGUUAAGAAUCCAGGAUCAGAUCCCACGGCGGCGGAGUUCUCGUACAUCGAUACUUUAUUCGACUUAACGGUGGAGGGGCGGGAACUUCCUCCGACGAAUCCAGAAAUCGUUUCAUUGUGCUCGGAAUUCCUCAAUGGAGGCACUGACACCACGGCGACGGCGAUCGAAUGGGCCAUCGCAAGGUUUAUCGAAAACCCUAGCGUCCAAUCGAAGCUGUACGACGAGAUCAAAGCCACCGUCGGCGAUAAAACGGUCGACGAGAAGGACACAGAGAACAUGCCCUACCUAAAUGCUGUCGUAAAGGAGUUAUUGCGGAAACACCCGCCCACUUAUUUUGUUUUAACCCAUUCGGUUACCGAACCCGUUAAAUUAGCCGGGUAUGAUAUCCCCCCGGGUACAAACGUCGAGAUAUUUCUACCCGCUAUUGCAGAAGACCCGAAACUCUGGACCAACCCGAAAAAAUUCGACCCGGAUAGAUUUCUGACCGGCGGUGAGGAUGCAGAUAUAACAGGGGUGACCGGAGUGAAGAUGAUGCCAUUUGGGGUCGGGCGGAGGAUCUGCCCGGGUCUGGGUUUGGCGACGGUGCACAUCAAUCUGGUGUUGGCCCGAAUGGUUCAAGAAUUUGAAUGGAGCUCCUACCCGGAAGGCACCAAGGUGGAUUUUAGCGAGAAAUUGGAGUUCACUGUGGUGAUGAAGAAGAGCCUUAGAGCUAUGAUCAAACCAAGAGUUUGAAUUCGAAUUUAGGAUUAAACAACCAUCGACGAAUCUGGUAUUUUUAUAUGUUAUAUAUGUGGAUCCAGCAAUUCGACCCGUUGUUAGGUCCACAUAUCUUUUAGGACUUAAGGGGUUAAUGUUUGCUAUUAUUGCUGUAAUCUAUUUAUAUCGAAGUUUUUGGUUUGUUUCAAAUUUC